CCAAAAACCAUAGCCACAAGCUAUUCUUACCUUACUCACCAAGUCAUUCUCUCUUUGCGUGGUUUAAGCUAGAAACUAGUAUGCCAAGAGAAACUAAUUAUUCAGCACCCUUCUUCACCAUGAGAUAAUCGUACUCCACGACCAUGUCCGUGUCGAAAAAUAGAUCCGUCGGGAUUUGUAGGCAUCAUCACCUAGUUGCGUUUUUGGUGUCCCUAGUCUUCUCCACAAACUUUGCAGUGUCUCUGCCUAACACGGUGAGUGUAGUUGCACCCGGACUGACGACAUUAUCAUUACAAGAAGCAGCGGAAGCGGAAGCCGAUGCUCGGGGAAACGGUAGCUGUAGAAGCUGCUACAGUAUUAAUAGGUCCGACCCUCUGCGUCAUCUCAAGUAUUACCAUGGAGGCUAUGAUGUUCGGAACAAGCAUUACUGGGCCUCUGCGGCAUUUACAGGAGUUCAUGGAUACGCAGUGGCGGGAGUUUGGAUGUUAUGUGGAACAGGCUUUGGGCUAUUCGUAAUCACGAAGAAAUUAAGGGGAAAUAAUAGAAUUAGUGCCGGUCCAUUAACUGCCUCCUCAAGUCGCUGCCCCUUAGUUAUGUUCUCGGUCAUAGUCUUCUUCACCUUCCUUGCCAUAGUGGUGAGUGGUGUUGUGCUGGCGGCAAACCAGAGCUCGCAGCACAGAACGGACCGGCUGAAGAAGAGCAUUCUUGGAGCUGGGAGAGAAGCUCGACACACGAUCCGGAAGGUCAUACAGACGAUGACGCAAAUGCAGAACCUUUUGCAACCGUACGAUCUUAGGAUGGCAGUUGAGCUCAACAUCACUGCUCACGGGCUCAGGAAGGAGUCCAGAGCCAUUAAGCAGUUCAUUGACCAAACUGACCACUCAAUUGGUCUGGCGAUCCAAACAUCGUACAUAGUGCAUCUGGUGGUCGUGGUCAUCAACUUGCUACUGCUGUUAGCAGCAAUAGCAGUUCUUCUUUUGCUCCAUUGGCAACCUUGGUUUAUCACGAUAAUAGUUCUCUGUUGGAUCAUCACAACGAUGUUUUGGGCCAUCACCGGCUUCGAUUUCUUCUUCCACAAUUUUGCAGAAGACACUUGUUCUGCUUUUCGGGAUUAUCUUCAGAACCCACAGAACAGCAGUCUCAGCUCAAUUCUACCGUGCGUGGACUCAGCAUACGCUAAUCAAGUCCUAGUUCAAAUCGGGUCCGCUGUCUAUAACUUCAUUCAGGCGUUGAAUUUGAAGAUAGCCGAGCUCAGCAAGGUCCUCAUGAAGAGUAAACAAAGUGAUAGCUUAGCUGAAACGUUUCGGGUCUGCCAACCUUUCUCUGGACCGCCCAACUACAGCUAUGACAGGAAUUGCUCGGAGGGCGAGAUUCCGAUCGGCCAAGUGCCACAAGUCCUCGCAGCACUCACCUGUUACAAGAAUGAGAGCUUGACUGAAUGUGCAAGAAACGGGAAAUUCCUCUCAGAAGGCAUCUACAACAUCACGCUGGCCGUAAGCACAUCGAUCGAGGACUUGCUCGAGAUAUAUCCCGACCUCAGGAACCUGUCAGAGUGUUCCUUCGUGAAGGGCAGGUUAAGUGACAUAGUGUCCCGCCAGUGCAGGCCAUUCAGAUCCUCGUUACGAAUGCUGUGGGCAUCGAUGCUCUCGCUGUCCAUCAGUAUGGUGGUCUUGGUAUUGCUCUGGGUGACAAAAGCUUACCGAGACAAAGGAAGAUCCUUCUCUAGGUGUUCCAUCUUCCCCCAAUCCCAUGCCCGAGGUAACCGUUAAAUGCUCGGGAAACAUCGGAAGAGUUCCUCACAUCCGCGAAAGGUUUUAUGAUGCCACAGGGGAAAAACGAGGCACUGAAAGUGCACCUUCUCGUUGUGAUUCUUUAGUCAUGGUUAUGUGCUGUUGUAUAUUCUUUAGGAUCUCUCAGGAGAUCACAGAUUCAUGUGUUUCCAUGGUGGUCGCAAGACUAACCAUGGACCCAGAGAAUAAUGGUGAACAUACGAAAGAAGAUCAUGACAAUA